CAGACCUUUACCAACUCUUAUAUUUGCUAAUUUUGAUUUUUGGCCAUAUUUUGACUCCUAUGUGUGACUUGUGCAAAGAUUAUUGUGUUUGAGCUUUUGGUAAAUCAACUUUUAUGCUAAAUGUGUGCUAGAGAUGGUAUUUUCUUUAUUGAAGUUGAUAGAGUUCUAAAGCCUGGUGGAUACUUUGUAUGGACUUCACCUCUUACCAAUGUUCAGAGUUUUCUUCGUAACAAAGAGAAGCAGAAAAGGUGGAACUUUGUUCGUGAUUUUGCAGAAAAUCUCUGCUGGGAAUUAUUGUCUCAACAAGAUGAAACUGUUUUAUGGAAAAAGACCAGUAAAAGGAAUUGUUACAAUUCCCGGAAGCCUGGUUCUGGUCCUCCUAUUUGUAGCAAAGGACAAGAUAUUGAAUCUUCAUAUUAUCGCCCUCUACAGAACUGUAUAGGUGGCACGCAUAGCCGCCGAUGGCUUCCUAUUGAGGAGAGGCCAACCUGGCCUUCUAGGUCUAACUUGAACAAGAAUGAACUAGUUCUAUAUGGAAUACACUCAGAAGAACUCAAUGAGGAUACCGCAAACUAUAAAACAGCUGUUCGUAAUUAUUGGUCUCUUCUGUCACCCCUAAUAUUCUCGGAUCAUCCAAAGAGACCUGGUGAUGAGGAUCCCUCUCCUCCUUAUAACAUGCUCAGGAAUGUGUUAGACAUGAAUGCUCGCUAUGGUGGUUUAAAUGCUGCUUUACUAUAAGCAGGGAAGUCUGUUUGGGUUAUGAAUGUAGUCUCGACAAGUGGACCCAACAACCUUUCCCUCAUUCUUGACAGGGGCUAUGUUGGUGUACUGCAUGAUUGGUGUGAAGCAUUUCCAACAUAUCCUAGAACCUAUGAUAUGGUUCAUGCAGAAGGACUUAUAUCCCUCGAGAGCAGUCAACAU